ACCCCUUUUUCAAGAAGAAAAAAAACAGGCACCUUUAUCAAAAACAAAAAAAAUUCUAAACUGCACUCGACGGAGCUCCGGUACAACAAAUGUGGCGGCGAAACAGAUUUCAGGAAAAUUCGGAUUCUGAUCAGAGCAUUUCCGACGAGGAGGAUUUCAUCGAUGAUUUUCGAGAAAAUUGUGUUUCCUUAGGAAAAGAGAAAGAGAAAGAGGAAGGAUUACAACUUCAAUCAAGACUGGAAACACUUAAAGAAAAAUGUGAUAACAACCAGUCGUAUAAUGAGGAACUUUCGAGCUGUUAUCUUGAAGAGGAUGUUGAAGUGCCUGACUCCCCCGAUGAGGGUGACUGCUUCUUCUCUAGGAAGACAUUUACACGAGUUUCCAAUGAGGAACUUAUCUCUGAUGGCGAGGAGAAGGUUAUGUGCUCAAAAUUUUCCACUGCUUCUGGUGCUAAAAGAUCUGAUAAUAGCUAUGAAAUUGGGGGGCAAGAUGGGGGAAAUGUGUGGUCUAUUGUAACUAAAGAAGCUGAGUCACUGAUCCAGUGGGACAAAAAUGUUUCAGGUGCCAAAAGCAAAAUGAGGCCUAGAUUUUCUUUUGGCUCCCAACCACAUAAAGGAAUUUCAUGGCCUGCUCUUUCAAGUAAUGAUAAUGAUGUGUCAACUAAGGCUGAUGAAGUGCCUGGAAAAUUGAAGGCCAGUGAUCAUGGAUCUGUCGAUCAUUCAAUACCUGAGCUUCUUGAAGAUAUCCAUGGAAAAGAGGAAAAGCAGUUAGAGAUUGUUUCUCCUGAUGUAGAAGUUUCUGGUCAUGGAUUUAUUGAGCAUUCAAUGGCUGAGCUUUUAGAUGAGCUUCAGGACAAUACCAGUCUGCUAAGAGGGAAUUCUAAAAUGGGUUGCAGAGCAAGAGGGAAAAGGAUACAAGCUGCUCUCAAAAGAAGUAUAUGUUCACUGGGUGAUAGAAGCAUAGAAAGUGAAGACCUGCACGAGCUGUUCAGUGGUGGAUCAUCAAGCAAUGACGAGGAUGAUUACCAAAAUCUAGAACUUGCUAUUCCUGAGAUGAAGAAGCCAACUAUUUCAGAUAAGUUUCAGGAAGUGUUAGGCGCCACCUCCUUGAGUGAUGAAGGGGCCUUUUUCGCUAGACCCAGAGCGUUCAGCACUGGACUAUUUGGGAAGUUGCAGCAGGUCAUGCAGCGUGAAAAGGAGACAGAUACACUUUUUCUGAAGAAAUUGCAGAAUGGAGCUAGCCUAAAAAAUGAACCAAGCUGCAUCACUGUGAAAAUCGUGUCAAGAUAUUUGGAUGCAAAGCUGACAGUCUGUCAUUGCUCUUUUGUCAAGAUCAUAGAGGGAUUUUGGCAGCAAGAGAGCCCCAAAAUAUUGGAAAAUGAAGGACAAAAGGGAACAGUUAUUUUCAAUCAACGAAUAUGCGGCAAUGUUGACCUUGAAAUUGGAAACUUGAUUUGCAUUCACCCCCCAUGGAAGGAAGUUGAUAUCAUGGGUCAAGGUGAGAACAUUAUUUUAUCUACAUAUUUCUCCGAAAUAGCUAGUUUGGGCCUGUCCGGGAGGAAAUGAAUGUUUACUUCAUUCUUUGGCGUCUUGGACAAGGUCACAUGAUCGCUAGAAAUGAUCAAAGAGCCAUGUAAAAAGUCCUAUUUCAUCUGAAUAUUGAUUUGUUAUUUUCAUUAGGUUGUAACUAGUAACAUUCUCCUAGAAUUUUUGUAACAUGCACCAGGAAGUUCUGGUAGAACAUUAUAGAAUUCGUAGUGCAAAACGGAAGUUUCUUGUUAACUAAUUUUUAGUUCCUAAACAAUGAAUAAAAAUCAAAUUCUCAUUUUCCCUUCAUUUUUCUUUCUGGCAUCGUGUACCUUUUGACCCCUUUUAGAUAAGGCAGUGUAGCAGGACGUGUGUGUGUGUGUGCGUUUUACAGGGUUUAGUAUCCCAUAUUACGAGUCCCUGUAUAGCUCAAGCAAUAAAAAUCUUUUGUUUGACAUUGUAGUACAUUAAAUCUUAAAAGCAGUGCCACUUGUAAUUAGCAACCAGCUUUGUUCAUGGUCAAUUUUGUCAUUGCAAGCUGAUAAUGUGUUUUAUGUUUUAUUUCAAAUGCAAACUACUGCUUUCCCUCUUUGUUGCUUCUG